GUGCAGAUCACAGGCUACGAGACACCGGCUGGCCGUGCCGAGAAGCCGGUGGCACAGCAAGCAACAGGAGGUACAGGUGGUUUGGCUUUCACCGGCGCGGAACCAUACAAAGCAUCGUUUCUUCUGCCCCACUUGUGGCAAGCCACUGGAGUUGCUGGCAGACAGCGCCUGCGCCUACGUCGCUGUCCUCUUCGGUCCGGAUAAGGAUACGCUGCAGCGGUUCAUUCUGGGUGCCAUGGUCCUGGGCUUCUCUCUGAAGAAGUCCGGCACCCGCCACGACUGUGUGCUGCUGCACACGCCGGAUGUGCUGGAUGCAGCAGGUGCUGGUGCUCUGGAGAUAUACUGGAAACUGCAUGAGGUGGAGUACGUCGAAGCGGCGCAGAAGCUGAUUGCAAGGAGUGAGGACCGCUUCAAGCACGUGUUCACCAAACUGCAUGUGUUCGGCUGCACGGAGUACCAGCGAGUGAUCCUCUUGGACCUGGACCUCCUCGUCACCGACAACGUGGACGAGCUCAAGGACUUUACACCGCCAGCGGCCCUUCGCCGUGGACACAAGGAACUACCGCCGGGCGUGGAAAUCGGAUUGUCUUUCUUCAACAAGUCCGGCCAGCAGCAGUAUGGCAUGAACUUGGGCGUCGCCGUCCUGCAACCUUGCCAGAAAGAGCUGGAGAAGAUGUUGGAAAGCGUCCGCAGCGAGCGAGACCCCAUGCACCAAGCCACGACCGGCCCGGAGCAGGACUUCUUGACACGCUGGUUCCGCAGCAAAUGGCAUGUGCUGGAUGUCAAGUACAACUACCAGCUCCACCAGAUGCACUACGCCCUGGACCACGCGGGUGCCGGCGCAGAUCGGCUCACUCGGGAUUUGGGCAGCAUCAAGGUGUUGCACUUCUCGGGUGGCGUGAAGCCUUGGGACUUCUUCUUCGACUCGGCGGACAGAUCCUUCGAGGAGUUCUGCAGCGCCAGGCUGAUCCCAGCCUACUGUCGUGCCGAAGGAGCGAGCAUCGACGUCCUGGAGGACAGGCUGCUGAUUGCGGCUGUGAUGUGGUACGAAGAUUGUCAGGCCAUGUGGCAAGAUCUGCUCAAAGAGCUUGUGGCCGGCCCGGCUUGUCGGGCCUGCGGUGAACCGUUUGCCAACGAGGAGCUGCUGGUCCGGUUGCAUCACACUUUCUCCGAGUGCCCGGCUGUGGCAGAUUUGGAUUAUGUUCCGUGGCCGGAGGAUAUCAACAACCCGUUGCCGGUGGAGUUGGCAGAUCUCAUGUCGUUCAUCGGGACGGUGAUGGAGCGUCGUCGCUGGUUGCAAACUCCAGCCGAGCCCUUGCGAAGUGCACCUGAGGAGGCAAUGCCAAGCGGAACUGCCGAAGCAAGAGAUCCUGCAACAACUGGGGGCAUGGGCACCAUUGGCACGGUGGACGCCCGCCACAUGGAGGCCGAUGGCAGCCCUGACUCGCAGAAGGAGGUUUCCCCGAAGACCCCGAAGACCCUCCACCUCGUGCUCUACCCGGCACCCUCGCAUGGUGGCAGCUCUGCAGAGACGUCGGAGGCUGCGCAAGCGCCGGAGGUGCCGAAGGCACCCAAACGACCCCGAGACACUGGUUCCGUGCUGGAUCAAGUGCGGGAUGAGAUCCUGGCCCAGGUGGACAGCGAGCGUGUCACGGUGAUCGUAGCUCCCACUGGCUGCGGAAAGAGCACAGGAAUCCCCCAGAUGAUUUUGGAUGCCGUGGACUCUGAUGUCGACCGGCGAAUUCUUUGCACACAGCCGCGGCGAGUGGCGGCAACAAGUUUGGCACGUCGUGUAGCUGCACUGCGCGGAGAAGCUCCAGGGGGAGAAGUGGGCUUCCAAAUUGGAGGUUGCAGCGAGGUGAGCCGUUCUGGGCGCACUCGCCUGGUCUUUGCUGUCACAGCCAUCGCGAUGAUUCAAUGCUUGCAGGAGACCACCACGUUUACGCACCUGAUUAUUGACGAGGUGCACAUCCGCGACUCCUUCAUCGACUUCUUGUUGACCUUGGUGGUAACCCGGGUGCUCAAGCGCAAUCCUCGCGUCAAGAUUGUCCUGAUGAGUGCUGCUAUGGAUUCAGCCACAAUCACCAAGUUCUUCGCAAAGGCUCUGAACGGUCAUGUGCCCAAGCUUAUGGACCUGGACCGCUGCCGCCCGCACCCCCUCACAAUCAAGUACCUCGACGACUUCGAUUUCUUCACAAGGAAAGGCUAUCGUCGCGAGAGGCCAGACGGCAUCUGGGAGGUGAUGGGCGUGCCUGCGGAGUGGAAUCAGGAGGAGGUGGCGGACCUCUAUGCGGAGUGCAUCUCCGAGCUGCACCGCACGCGCCGGCCGCGAGAGGAUGGUCAGCUGGAGUCCUUCCUGGUCUUUCUGCCGGGGAAGCGCGAGGUCUCUCUUCUGGCCGAGAAGUUGGACGACGGGAAUCUGGAGGCUGUCGGAGUUCCCCAGCUCGACAUCAAGUGCGUCUUCGGUGGCCAGACGGUGGAGUCUCAGGAGAAGGCCCUGGUGAAACCAGCUGCUGGCGCGAGUCGCACUAUCAUUCUUGGGACUGACGUGAUCGAGUCCUCCGUGACCAUUCCGGACGUUGAUCUUGUGAUCGACAGCUGCGAGCACAAGCGCCUGCGUUGGGACCCGUCCAAGAAGCAGAGCCUUCUCACGAUGCUGCUGAUCAGCCAGGACGAGGCAAAGCAACGUGCAGGCCGCACAGGCAGGCUUCGCCCAGGUAUCGUUAUCCGAAUGAUUUCCCGCCGCUGCUACGACCGCUUGGCCCCGCACGUCGAGCCUCAGAUCAAGCACUCGCGUCUCGAAGAUGUGUUGCUUACGAUCUUCGAGCUGCCGAACCUCGGGGAUCCGCGCGAGUUCCUGAAACAGAUGCCGGAUGCACCAGAUCCGCUGCGUGUUGAGACUGCGAUCACGAGGCUGCUGGAGCUGAAAGCACUUGACAAGGCUGCGGCGGUGGAAGGCAGUGCGAAUGCAAGGCCGACGUACUUCGGGCGGUUCUUGCAGAAGAUGCCCUUGGAUCCUGAAGUGGGCCUCCUGGUGAUGAAUGGGGUUCGAUUGAGACUUGUCAAGGAGUGCGCGAUUUUGGCAGCAGUGCAUCAGCGGGGAGAUCCCUUUCUGGACCACAUGGACUUCUCUCCGCAGGAAAUCCGCAGCUUGCGCGAGGUCCGGGACGCUUGCUCUCCCGGCCGCGGCUCUGGUAGUCGGCCGCUGCCUGGGGACUUGAUGGCUGGACUCGGUGCGUAUCGAGCGUGGCAGGCACACUUGGCGCGGUCUGGGAACUGGUCGUCGGUGGAGCACGAGGCACACUGGUGCCAGCAGCACUUCCUGAGCUUGGAUCGCCUGCACGAGAUCGAAGAGAUGGUAACUCAAAUACACGAUGUGCUGGAAGAGAUGGGAUACGCACCUGGACUCACGCCGCAGGAGAAGGAGCGUAUGCGCAGACGACGGCAAGAGAAGCUUGCUGUGAAGGUCGACCGCAGCCAUCCUGCGACAUAUCCUGGCGAGGACAUCCGCAAGCUCCUCAAUUAUGAGCCCCUGCACAGAGACACCGAACUGCUCCUGUCCUGGUGUAUCGCUGCCUCCUUCACUGCCGGAAUUGUGGAAAUCACGAACGGCUCGAGCACGGAACAGCUGAAGUACCGCUCGAAGCGCAAUCGACAAGAUCUGAUUCUUCCCUACCUGCGCCAGUGCGGCUUCCGCGUUCAGAACCACCGGAUCCUCAAGAAGGGAGACGUGGAGAUCACCUUCAGCAACGCAGAGGAAGCUCAUCGGGCCUACCAGGAGGCGGCCCUGGUGAACAACAACUUCGUGCCCUUCCAGGGUGCAGACUCCUGGGGUCGGCCAAACGCUCGCACGACGAUCCAGCCAAGGAAGUGCUACGAGGAUGCGCCGGUGCGGAUCGUCAACAGUUCCCUUGCGCAGCUGCCGCCCACAGAGGAUGCCACAGUGGUGGCCGCAGAGGUCUUGCCCUGCAUGGAUCAGAAGCGGAAGUCCAUGUCCUACUUCUGCACGAAGUGCUCCGUGGUCCCCACUGGCAUCCUUCCCCUGGUGCUUUGUGCCACCUAUCCGCCGGUGCGUGUGGACAAGCAGACCCCCGGGAUCUGGAAGGUCAGCUUUCAGGUCCAUGGCCACAAGGAGGAGCGAGAGUAUCGGGCCCCCAGUGAGAAGGUGGAGCGCUUGCUGGACCGAAUCCGCAAGCAGCUUGACACCGAGUUUGGCAGCGAUCACGAAGCCCGCCACCGAGUGGUGGAGGAGCGCCGGAAGGCCAUUCUGGAGCUCCUGACACUGUUGGACUCGUCUGGGACCCAGUAG